AUGCAGGAAACUCAACCCCUUUUGAACCGGAAACCUAAAUGGUAUAUCGCGUAUUAUAUUCCGUGUUUGAGAUGGAUGAGCGAGUACAAAUGGUCUUAUUUAAUAGGAGAUAUCACAGCUGGGUUGACUCUCGCUAGUUUCCAAAUUCCCUUGAGUAUUUCUUAUGCAUCGUCCCUGGCGCAUGUCGACACCCAUUGCGGUCUUUGGGGCCUGAUUAUCCCCCCUUUUAUUUAUUCAUUGUUUGGUUCUGUUCCAGUUAUGGUCGUUGGUCCAGAAGCAUCCCUGUCUUUGGUGGUAGGCCAGACCGUAGCACCGUAUCUGCACGACGAUGGCCCCGGCAUCACGUCCUCGGAUCCGUCGCGACUUACCACAACGGUUAUUGCCUCGCUUAUCACAGCUACUGUAGGUCUUGUUGUGCUGGCUUUAGGACUGAUGCGUGCUGGCUUCCUCGAAUCCAUUGUUCCGCCGUCUCUGCUACGAGGUUUCAUUAGCGGGGUAGGUCUGGUCAUGAUAACUGAUCAAGUUCCUUCUCAAUUGGGACUCGCAGAUAAGAUGCACAAAGAACUGCCUCCAGAUGCGUCUUCAUUUCACAAACUUAUGUUCAGUUUCCACCACUACAAGAAAGCACACCGUUUGGAGACAACCUUCUCCAUAUGCGGUAUCAUUGCGAUUAUCACACUAAAAGUCAUCAAGUCGAAGCUCAGUAAGAAAAGAAAGUGGGUUGCUCUUUUCCCCGAUAUCCUAGUGGUUGUCAUAUUCUCUGGUUUUAUUACCUGGUGGGGUUCGUUUGCCGAAAAGGGGCUUCAAGUCAUUGGCAACGUCGAUGCCACUGGAAUAUCAUUUGAUUGGAUGCUGCGACCUAAAUAUUUCAAAGACUUUCGUCUGAAUUUCAGCUCAUCUUUCUUUAUUGCCGUCUUAGGCUUCCUGGAGAGUACGGUCGCGUCUCGGGCAUUGGGGCGAGGCGAUCUCAACGUUUCAGCAAACCGUGAACUAGUGGCUUUGGGCCUCGCAAAUUUGGUGGGUUCUCUUUUCGAGGCUUUACCCUCUUUCGGUGGUUAUGGCCGGUCCAAAAUCAACAAGAUGUCUGGGGCUAGAACGCAGCUGUCAUCCAUGGUAAUUGCCGCCGUAACUCUGUUUACAGUCUACUUCUUGAUGGGGUAUCUCUAUUAUGUUCCCAAGUGUAUUUUGUCUUGCAUUGUUGCUAGCGUCGGGGUUUCUUUGGUUGAGGAAGCACCAACCGACAUUCUGUUUUUCCUCAGGGUUAAAGGAUGGAACGAUCUGGUCACCAUCACCAUAUCCUCUUUGGCAACGUUCUUCUGGUCGGUCGAAGCUGGUGUCACAAUUGGUGUGUUCUAUGCUUUAAUUCGCGUUAUACAUCAUGCUACUCGCCCUAGAAUCCAAAUUUUGACCAAGCAUGCAGAUACCCGUGAAUGGGUCAACGCGGACGAGAUGCGUCUGGAAGGUCCGGAUGCGGACGAAGUUGAGGCAUUCCCCAUUAACUCGGGUACCCUUGUCGUAAAGAUUCCUGAACCAUUGACAUUUGCCAACUGUGGAGACCUGGGCAACCGUCUGCAGCGACUUGAAAGGCAUCGCACGGUGAAUGCCCACCCUGCACAGCCAGCAACUGACACCGAGCUUCACUAUAUUAUUUUCGAUUUAAAAGGAAUGACCAGCUGUGAUGCCAGUGCGACGAGGUCUUUGCUUCAGAUUGUGAGACACUAUGUUGAAAAGGGUGUGAAAGUGCUGUUUGCAGAAACACCAAACACAUCAAACGUUCGAGAGAGACUUUUCGAGUCCGGCAUUGCUAAUCUUGUUAACAAGGCGAACAAUGGGAAUGCUUUCUACGAUAGCAUCGACAAAGCAUUGAUGACUUUUGACCCCAGCUCUGCUACCAGCUUGGCCUCCUCAGUUCAGUCAAACUUCAAACCUUCAAGCUCUAGAUAG